GGGGGUUCUAAAAAAAAGGGGAAAAAUUAAAUAAAAAAUGGUAAAAUCAGUUAGAACCGGUGUUUAAUUAAGGGAGUUUAGAUUUGUUAAAAAACCUCAUACGUGGCAGCAGCGUAUUGGGCCAUACCUUUUACACGAGAGAGACAAAAAGUCAUCUCUUCUAUUUCGUUGGUCUUUCUCAACUUCGUGACGGUGAAAUCUCUUCCUCGUCGAUUAUGUCGAUGAUGAUGUUUGAUCCAACGGAGAUGAUGCUUGAUCUGUUUGGUCGUCGUCGAUUGUGACUUCCUCUUGUUCGAUUUCGUCAAAAUCCCAUCCUCGGGUCUCUCUCUCAGAUCGAUGGGGGAAGUUGUGGAGACGAUGAUCAGCAGAGGCAAGUCGACAACUAUGCUCACGGUUUUGCAUGUCGAAUCCGAUGAUUCAACUCGCUAAAGUAUCACCGCCCUUCUUCAAAACUGCUCCUACAAAGGAAUCAUCAUUAGUUGCUGCUGAAAAUGGGUGUGACGUUAGUGGCAGAAGAGACGCUUCCUCUUCUUCUUUGAGCAAUUCGAUCGAGUCUUUGAGCAAUUCGAUCGAGUCUUUGAGGACCAUAUUUUGGGCUUUGAUGUCUGAUGCUAUGAUUUUGCCUUGCGGACACACUUUUGGAGCUGGUGGAAUGGAACAAGUUAAACAAAUGGUUUGGACUUUCCCACAUACUGAUGGGCCAGCAGCAGCACUCAUCAUGGGCCAAGGCAAGUCGCAGGCCCACUCCAGCAGCAACACCUGAUCACAUACACAACAUAUAUAUGAGAUGUUAGUAUGCUGAUUAGGUUAACGCUUAAGGAAAUCAAGCAGCGGCAACAACAAGUAAUCAUAUUGAAGUGCAAGAGUAGGAGGCAACAAUACAAGAUCAAUAAGCUUAGGCCUAAGUCUAAUUGAUCUAAGGGGCUUUGUUGUAUUCUCUUGUGGGGAUUGAUUGUUACUUGUGUAAACUAUCUAGUACACUGAUUUGGUGUAGCUAGAGACUCUUUGAUCUAGUGGAUUUUGGGAGCAGAAGUUCUCCCACGAGACGUACCUCGCCGAGGGCCGGGAACUCGUUAAAUC